GGGAACUGCGAUGCUCGUCACAAAUGAUAAUGGAUAACCUAAAACGGAACGUUGAGGAACUCCUGAUGUUAUUGUUGUUAUCUCAGGUCUCCGAUCGAUUUUCUGUUGGAUUGAGAGUAUAGGAUAUUAUUAUACCACAUUGUUUAAAUAUCCCGGGCUAUGAUUCGUUCAGCUUAUCUGCAAACGGUUUAAUGGAUUUCAUCAGUUUCUGAACAAGCAAGUGAGCGUCCGCUUUCAGGCUUUCAGAAAUGGCAGCUCUCGGCGAAUUUUGCGAGUGUUUGAAAAACUGUGCGGACAAACUAGAGGCGGACAUCCGCAUCAACAUAAACGAGUUCCAUAAUAUGGUGACAGAGGGCGUUGUAGACGAAGUGAAACUGGCCUUAGAUAAGGCUAAAGACUACCAUUAUAAAGAGAUAAUAAGGUUUAUGGAGGAUGUUGUUAAUAAUGUGAGGAAGAUCAUGUUGCAUGAACAGGAAAUUCGAAGGUUGCAAAGACAAGAGCAGAUGACAGAUGAAGAACGUAAGAGGCAUUCCUACGUUCGGAGACAAAUCAAGGCUUUCAAUGGAAGCGAUAAGGUCACAAGAAGAGAAAUAAGAAGAGCUGCAUCAGAGCGGUCCAUUAAUUCUCUCGAGGCCUGGGAACUCUACCUGGAUAAAAAAGCCGAAUCUGGUCUAUCCACCUCUUUACCUGAACUAGUACAAAAGAGAGGUUCCAACAAACAUAACAGAAAUCAGAGGAAAAGUUUAUCCAUUUUCGAUAGUAUCCUGGACAAUACCUCGAUUCAGAGUCAAAAUUUGGGAAAUAUUUCUGAAGAAGACAAGGCAGAUGAUGAAGUUGAUAACAGUAUAGCAGAUAAUGUUGUAGUCUCUCGAGUGAAAUUGUAUUCGGAUUCUGGUUUGAAAGAGGACUAUCAUCGUUAUAUAUCAGGACAAAAUAACGAUUUGAUAGAUUUUUAUGGCAGUUGUAGUUUUGGUACGGUCAGCAGUGAGAAACGCAAUGAUAGAGACUUAGAAAAUGGUGAUAAAAGUAUCGUAGAGUUCAGUAACAACUUUGACAAAUCGCAAUCCAGUUCAAGAGGGGACAAUAUAAAUCAUUCUAUAUUGAAACAAAGUGAUGAUGAUGAUGGUGUUGAUGGCGAUAAAGACGUAGACAAUUACGGAACAGAUGUUAACGGUACUGUAGAGAUAAAUAGAUAUCUAUGCCCAUUGGAACAAAGCACUAGUCAAACAGAUGGUUGUGAGCGCAGUUUUGGUAGUUAUAAGGAAACCGAUUUGGGAGAGCCUUCCAACUAUGAUUAUUGGAGUGAUAGUGAAUGUGAUGAUGAGCCACAGUCUCCAUGUGAGACAGAGACUGAAAAAUUUACUGUGAUAAAGUUGAUUAAAUCCUUGGACGACCUUGUGGGUCCUGGAGAUACUAAGCCAAAGAUAAUCGAUGUUGUGUACAAACACGACAUCUCGUCCAAAGAUCCUGAUGGAACUGGUUGAACCAAGGCGACAAAAAUUUCAAUGAUGAAACAUUGAUUAACAUUGUUCACCUUAUCAGGCUAUAACAUAAUUAUUUGUUAAAUAGAGCAGCAUUCAACCUUGAACGAGUUUUACUGCAUUUUCGUAAUCCGCUCCGUAUACAUAACCUGAAAAACGAAAUUUUCACAGUUCCACUUGCUCGGUUUAUCUACCUUUUGGCGUGAUAAGAUCAAGUAUUUUCACUGAAAACAAAAAGGGACAGUAUCUAAAAGCAAACACUUUUAUCGAUAAUCUAAUACUGUGCUUUAUCUGUGACACAGUAUUCGUGCUAGGUGUUGGCGAGAAUGAGUAAUUUGCAAUGUGAUUAUUUUGUAGUGAAAUUCGAGAGUUUAUAGUGAUUCGCUAACGUUUUUGUUAUCUAUUGGUGCCUAAUUUGGAAAAG